AUGGCAUCAGACGGCAGUAAUUUGCAUAACCAGAAUGGCAGCAACUCGCUGCCUGGUGGUGACAACACUACCGGUGAUUUCAGCAAUGCUUUAGAAAAGGCAAAAGCUAUGGCAGCUCGUUUUGCUGCUGGUGCAAAGGCUCCUCGAGAAGAUGGACCAUCUCAUGGUAUCAAGCGACCCAAUGACGAGUUUGAUCAUGAUUCUCGUCCUGCUCCAUCCUCUGGCUAUCGCCGACAGGAAGAUUCCGAGAACCAGCAACAACCAUACCAGCCAGAUAUGCAUGUUGGAAAUGAUCCACAACAACAGCACCAGAAUCAAUACCAACCUCAACAACAUCAGCAGCAAUAUGGCCAACCCCAAAUGUAUCAACAACAAGGUCAUUACGGCAGUGCACCUAUGCCCUAUGGCGGUCAUGCCGGUGGUCAUGCUGGCGGCCAUGCUGGUGGUCCUCCCACUUCCCACUAUGGACCACCUUCUGAUCAGCAAAAGAUUGUUGUAGUGGUUCCUCCAGGAAAAGCGGGCAUUGUUAUUGGUCGUGGCGGUGAGACUCUCAAAGGCAUUGAGCGUCAAUUUGGUGUUCGUAUCCAGCUAGAGCCAUCGGGACCCAGUGGUGAUAUUGAAAAGUCGGCUAUUAUUACUGGUGGUUUACAAGAGAUCGAGGCUGCUAGCAAGGCUGUUCAAGAAAUCAUCAAUGGCACUCCACGAACGGGUGGUAAUGGUGCAUACGGUCAAUCUGCAGCACCUUAUGGCGCUACACCAUAUGGUGGAGGCAUUACUGCUCAUGUUCAGGUUCCUCAAGCUCAUGUUGGUCUAGUGAUUGGCAAGGGCGGUGAAACCAUCAAAUCGCUACAACAACGGAGUGGUGCUCGAAUUACUGUUGCAAAAGAAACUGAAACUGAGCCGGGUGCAACCACUCGAAUUGUCACUAUUUAUGGAAACGAGCAUGCUGUUGCUACUGCUCAACAUAUGGUUAAUGAAAUCAUUCAACACCAGCAAUUUCAACGUCAAGUGACUACUUAUGGACCACCUCCAGGCGGAUUCAACAACUACGGACAAUACUGCGAGGUUGUCAUGGUUUCUGCAACCAAGGUUGGACUUGUUAUUGGUCGAGGUGGCGAGACCAUCAAGUCGAUUCAGGGCGAGUACGGUGUUACUUUAAAGGUUGAUCCCAACACUGAUGCUAAUGGAGAGCGUCGUGUUGCUGUUUAUGGCCAACCAGAUGCCGUUGCACGUGCCAAGGAAGCUGUCUAUGAGCGUGCCAUGUCUACGAAGCGUGUCGGUGGUGGUCGAGGUGGUCGUGAUGGACAAGAUCCGUAUGGUCAGCAGCAGCCCCAACAACAGUAUAGUUAUGCUUACCAGACUCCUGCUACAUACACUGAUCCUCAACAACAACAGGGCUAUGACUAUUCAGCAUAUGGUCAAUACGAUCCUGCUACAUAUGCCGCUGCUUAUGGCCAACAGGCUGGUGUUGCAGCUCCUGCUGAUGGUCAACAACCAGCCUAUGAUGCCAGCCAAUAUGGCGGUUACGAUGCCAAAGCAUAUGCUGACUAUUAUGCACAGUAUGCUCAGUAUUAUGGAUACGAUCCUAAUGCUCUUGCAGCAGCUACUGACGGAUCUGCUCCUGUUGAAACGACUGGCGAAGCAUCUGUUGAUGCCACUGGCACUGCUGUAGACUCCCAGACUGCACCCAAAGACUCAGAACAAUCCACAGAAGAGACUAAUGCUGUUGAUAGCUAUGAUGGACAGCAAGAUAGUAGUCAACAGGUUGACAAUAGCGAAAGUGUAGUCAAUGCCACCGAAGACUCGUCCAACUGAAUCGGUCCAGGUUUUGACACGUUUGUCUGUUUCUGGAUAUUUAGACUUGAGAAUUCCAUACUUGUUGACUUUAAGAUCCAAAAGGUUUGAAUUUAGUAUAAGCAGAGGCAUUUGCAAAAAUUUGAUGCAUUAUUUUGUCUUUUUUGAAUGGAUUGUGAAUGAACAUUUAUGAAUAGGACA